GUGGUUGGCCUAUGAAAUGGGUUGCCUUCAGAUGUUGUAGAGGCAAUUAAUGUAAGGGAGUUUAAAGAUAUAGUAAAGAAUUCAUAGUCCAAAGAUAUUUUAAUAAUGUUGGUAGAUGUGUGACAUGAAACAAAGUUUAAUGUUAGGUAUGCAGAAAAAGUAAACUUGUAUGACAUGGGAUUGUGUUUAAUACUUUUACAGACAAGUCCAUAACAUUGAACGUCGUCUAACCAGAGACCUGCAAACCAUCGUGGAGAUACUCUCUCAUAUUGUACAUGCUGGUACUAGUCCCUCCACUUUGCUGCCACCAGAGGGUUCUCAUUCUAGAUCUCCAAUUGUUGAAGAGAUGAAAGUCACUCAACGACCAGCCUCACUCCAAAAUCGACAUCCUCUUUUAAGGACCAGAAUUCUACCUUUCAGAAAGGCAUUAAGUCUUCAGAAUACCCCUACAUCUACUGAGGAAUUAAAAUUGAAACUUCCAUCCCAUAGUUUAGAUACCAGUAGGUCUCUUGAUGAGUCUGCUUUGGAAGCUAUCCAAUGGCCAAUUCCUAAAUUGAGUUCAAAUGAUGGCAAUUUGGAAAAGCCACGACCGACUACAGUGCCUCCUAUUUUUGUUGAUGAUAGGUCACCUGACACAAAUCGCAGUCAGUCACAGCCCUCCAACCACAGUCAGACUUCCAAGCUAGCAAACAGGAAGAUACUAAAGAUGAUAUGAGCAACUCUCUAUCCUCGCUCGCUACUGAAAGUGGAUUCCAUACCUCCAAGAUCUUUCAGCUGUCAUCCAACUCAAGACUCAAAGUCCUCCAAUAUAUAAAUAAUUCUAUACAAUAUAUUUGCUGUUGUGUAUUUAUUUUUUCUUACCUAACCAUUUAGAGGCACGUUAUCUUCUCAGUGAUGUAACUCCCAUCAUACCCACUUAUCAGUUCACGAUAUAUUAGGUAUGGGUUUCUUUUACCAGUUUGAUAUUCAUACUUGAAAAAAUAUAUAUAGCUAAGUAGUUUCAGAAGGUCAAGUACAUUCUUAAAUAAAUACGAAGAAACUAAUUUUCAUGUAUAUAGGCACACGCAUUUAGGUUACAACUCUAAUUAAAGGAUUCUGUAGAGGUAAGAAAACAUUUUUGGUACAUGUAACUUAUUUCUUGUGAUUCUGUGCUGUGGACUUCUGUCAAACUGGGUUCAAUUCUGGUAUACAAAUGUGGUUUUUAUUUCUCUGUCCAACAGUUAGGAGUUCCUACAUUUUUCAAACUGCUAAUGAAAUAAGGCAGCCAUUUAUAUACCAAAGGCUCGGAAAUCAAGACGUGCAACAUAAAUGUUUGUUGUGUAAAUAAUAUCAUUUAAUGGGUCCCAAAAUUAGGUCCUCAUAAGUAAUGAUAUAAGCCCUUGCACUUGUGCCUUUUAAAACUUUUAUUAUGAAAUGCUGAGCACACCUGUUUUCUACUUUUAAAUAAUGUUUUUAUUGUUCUUGUACUUUCUUUUCAAACAGAUUUUAAACAGUGAAUUACUGAGAAAAAGUUUAAUUUACCUGACAGUUACUGUAGAUUUGGCAACAUUUUUGUUGAUAAUGCCUGUGAUAAACUAGAAUGAUAUUUCAAUAAUGAAUCAGUUAACUUCCUAUGAAAGUCAGACAUGCAUUUCAACAAAGUUCAACAUUUUUUUAACAUUUCUGUGCAUCUACAACAACCUGUCUUAACAAUAACAUCUUUGAACUUAUUUUCUCUAUGAUCCCUACAGACUGUGAUAAGUAAUUUUUUUUUUAGUGUAAUAAUUCUAUUUGAAUCCAUAUUGUUUGUUUGUUUUUUAAGCAAAGCCACAUUAGGCUAU